GCAUCAUUUCCUCUCUCUUACUCUACCCCCAAUCUUUUGUUUCUUUUACUUCCCAUACAUCUCGAACUCACAAAAAUGGAGAACGAGAUUCCAUAUAUGGAAAGAUUGUUGGUGCACAAGCAAUUCUCAUCAUCAGCAGCAUCACCAUCAUGUUUCAAUAAUGGAUCAUCAUCAGGAAAUGGAUCACCAAGAUCCCUUGUGGAUCCGUUCUUGUGGGGUGCACUAGGCACGAUCUCUUCACAUGCCUACCAGAAUGAUUCAAUUUCCAACGCUUCUACCGACAAAGUUCCACUUUCAUGUGGUGGUGAUCUCAAGGAGAGCAUGUUUCCUUUCAAGGCAUUCUUAAAUCCACUUGCAAAGAUUACUGCGCCAAACCCGCCAUCUCCGUCCUCACAGGGCUCAUCGUCAUCGACAUCGAGGGUCCCGAGUGAUCUAACUUUGUCCUGGCAAGAACCCGAGAAAAAGACUCCAUCAACGAUGGAUUUACUCGGAAUGGACACAAUUUCUGAGUCCAUGGCAUCUUCCACAAACAACCACCUGACUCAGCACGGUUAUGUUCUGUGGCGACCUGGAUCGGACUGGCCCACAACAGACCGAAGUUUAGACCAUCUAUCAGAUCGUUCAUCAUCUAGGGGUUCCGGCGACUCUUGCUAUUGGCUCGGCAAUACCAAGAUUCAGCCUACGAAGUACACAGUACGGAGAUCUAUGGCAAGCAAGAAGGAGCACAGGUCGACAUCAUCGUCUUCGAUCUCUUCGUCAGGAAAGUUGUUCCGGGGAGUGAGGCAGAGGCAUUGGGGGAAGUGGGUAGCGGAGAUUAGAUUACCAAGGAACCGGACAAGGGUGUGGCUCGGGACGUUUGACACGGCCGAGGAGGCGGCCCUGGCCUACGACACUGCAGCAUACAUGCUUCGAGGCGACUUUGCACACUUGAACUUCCCCGACCUCAAGCACGAGCUGGUCAAGGGCAAUCGCUCCCUGAACAGCACCACAGCCGCACUCCUUGAAGCCAAGAUCAGAACCAUAUCGCAAGGGGCGUCCUCGAGAAAGAAACUCCACGGAGGAUCGCCGCCAAAAUCCGUUACGAAUAAGGAGGAAUUUGCCAGCGAAAGCCCAAGCACCUCAAGCCCGAAAGACCCAAUGGGAAGCGAGUGGCAACUUGAGUUCGAAGCAAGAGUUGUUGGGUCUGAGAUGAUGAGUAUGAGCAAGAAGACACAAGAGGCCGUUGUUAGUGCUAGUGCUGAUGCUGAUGCCGUUCAGCUUAGUAGAAUGCCUUCAUUGGACAUGGAGAUGAUUUGGGAUGCUAUUUUGGUCUCGGAUUCGUGAAAACCCUCACUUUUUACGGUCGAAGAAAAGGAUCAAUAGAAUGGUUUCGUUGAAAUUUCUUUCUUUUAUUGCUUUUUCUUAGAGCAGUACGAUGAAAUUGCGUGUCCAACUUUACAGAUUCUUCUUUUUCUGAGCUUUUUGAAGUGUAUCUUCAAUUUCAUUACGUAUAUGACUUUGAAUUGUCCUAAUAA